AUGUAUUACAUUGGUGUUUACAACAGUGAAUACGCUCGUGGGUCGCUGGGUUACCGCCUUACGGUGAAUGCAGCAAGCGACUGCAAAACCUCGACACUAGUGUCUACGUUCAAUGCCGUCCUAAAGGCAACUAAUGUGUCGGAAUCGGAUAGCGCAAGUGCUAGCGCCUCGGUCGGAGACGACAGCGACAGCUUGGGAGUGUGCUUAAAUGGAGGCGUCUGCAGUGCACUGUCAACCCCUGUUUGUCAGUGUUCAACCGGCUGGACGGGACUUUCGUGCAACUCUCCGACUGGGUUCGAGUUGGUGCAACUUUGGAGCGCGAUGGAAAACGUUUCCUUGCUCUGCUCCAGUUGCAUGGCAAACGUCACACUAACACGCGGUCAGGUGCUGAUGUUUCGGGUCCCUGAGCCUCUUCGAGCGGGAAUCGGCCUGCGACUUACACUCCAGUCGACAGAUCAAGCCAGUGGUGGCGUUGCACCUAAUGUGUAUGUGAGUGAAAUGCUGCCACGAUCACUCUACGACUUCACGUACAUCUCAAUGGCGACCGAGUCGGUAACGCAAGUCGUGGAAGUGUCCAAGACUUCGUUCUCAGGGGAUUUCUGGGUGGUUGUUCACACAGACUACCCGUCGACUGGCACUUCGUCCCAACUUACCGUGGGAGCUUCUACCUCUGUACGCCGACGGCUCGCUGACACCUCAAGUAGUACAGCCUCGUUCCAACUUGUUGCUGAGCAGUUCGAGGUGUCUGAUCCAGACUCAGACAGCAGUCUACUUACAGAUCAGACCUUCGCCCACGCCGUUUUCAAGUGGGUCUUCGCGAGCUCCGCGGGGAUUGCCGUCUUCUCCUUCGCUGUGGUGCUGCUGGUCAUCGCAUUGUGCUUCUGUAUAUUCCGAGUGGCUCGUGCGCCGGAGAACCAGGACAAAGUGCUCGCUCGUCUCUAUCCGCCGCAAAGUAGCAGAGGAACCUCAAGUGAUCGCGGUGCUGUAUCCAGACGUGCUAAUGGUGCUUUGGUUAUGGAUAUUCAGGACCCCAGUCCUGGAAGUGGCACGGACAGCGGCAACAGUUAG